AUGUCUCCAUCCAUAGGAUGGAGACACAGAGAAUGGAGACACAUCUCUGUGUCAUCUAGGAUGGAGAGUCUCCAUGUCUCCAUCCUAGAUGGAGAGCAGACUGUUCAAAAUUCUAAGAAACCUAAAGUCGAUGUCGAAUCUAGGAGCCAAAAUGAUGACCCUGUCCCAAUUGUGAUAAUAUCUGAAGCCCUUGCGAAUUUAUUUGGAAGCGACGAACGAGAAAUGUCACAAGCAGAGGUAUUAAGGCAGAUCUGGGAAUACAUAAAGGUCCACCAGGUCGAGGUCUAUAAACAAUUAAAUGGCUUUCAUUCAUCAUUCCACUUUAUUUGA